UUCAACAGUUCCAGCCCCGCGGGCGUCCGGAGGCCUCCCGGCGCCCACCCGACGGCAUGUGCGCGGCAGAGGUGGACCACCACGUAGCCCAGCGAUACCUGCUCAAGAGGCGGCUGGGGAAGGGGGCCUAUGGCAUCGUGUGGAAGGCCGUGGAUAGGAGGACUGGCGAGGUCGUGGCCAUCAAGAAAAUCUUCGAUGCCUUUAGAGACAAGACGGAUGCCCAGAGAACGUUCCGGGAAAUCACGCUGCUCCAGGAACUUGGGGACCAUCCCAACAUCAUCCGCCUCCUGGAUGUGAUCCGGGCGGAGAAUGACAGGGACAUUUACCUCGUGUUUGAGUCUAUGGACACGGACCUGAACGCCGUCAUCUGUAAGGGCAGGCUGCUGAAGGACACCCACAAACGCUACAUCAUCUACCAGCUCCUGCGGGCCACCAAGUUCAUCCACUCGGGACAUGUCAUCCACCGGGACCAGAAGCCCUCCAACAUUCUCCUGGACUCCAGCUGCUCGGUGAAGCUCUGCGACUUUGGUCUCGCCCGCUCCCUUGAUGGCCUCCCUGAGGGGCCUGAGGGCCAGGCCCUGACAGAUUACGUGGCCACACGCUGGUACCGGGCUCCCGAGGUGCUGCUGUCCUCCAGCUGGUACACCCCCGGAGUGGACAUGUGGAGUCUGGGCUGCAUCCUGGGGGAGAUGCUGCGGGGAAGGCCCCUGUUCCCAGGCACAUCCACGCUUCACCAGCUGGAGCUCAUCCUGGAGACCAUCCCACCGCCGUCCAAGGAGGACCUCCUGGCUCUUGGCUCAAGCUUCAGUGCCUCGAUCCUGCCCUGCCUACGGGCCUGGCCACGGCAGCCGCUGGACACCCUCCUGCCGCCAGACACACCCCCGGAGGCCUUGGAUCUCCUCAGGGGCCUCCUGGUAUUUGCCCCGGACAAGCGUCUCAGCGCAGCCCAGGCACUGCAGCACCCCUACGUGCAGAGGUUCCACUGCCCCGCCCGUGAGUGGACCCUGGAUUCGGCUGUGCGGCUCCCAGUGCUCGAAGGAGUUCAGCUCUCAGCCCCCGAGUAUCGCAGCCGCGUCUAUCAGGUGCUGUGGCGGCGACCACGAACAUCCCCAUCGGCGCUCACCCUCGAGCCCCUCCCCUGCCUCAGCGGCCCCCUGACCCUCUACACCCGCGCGAUGAUCCUGGAGCGCAGGGCCAACAGCCGGGUCCCCAGAGAGAAGGGCGUGGGGGGCACACCCCCGGGCGCACAGCCCGGCGCCCCCCCGCCCCAGGCGCACCUGCUCAGAGCCAGCGCCGCCCCUCCGCCCGCCCCGGGCUCGCCCACGCGGAACCCCGGACGCAGACCUCAGAGCGGCCCGACUCAGCGGCCCGCGCCGGACGUUGCCUGCGGAGCCAAGAACCUUCCGCGGCAGAACUCGGCCCCCGUGCUCCAGCCUCCGCCCCCACGAGGUCUCGGGAGAGGGGAGAGGCCCCCUGGGGCGACGCCGGAGCCCCCCUCGGCCCCCUCGUGGGUGAAGCCCAGUGGCAAGGGGGCGGCGCCCUCCCUCGCCAGGCAGGCCGCCGCCCAGGUGGCCAUCCAGGCCCUAGUCCGGAGCGACUGGCACCCUGGACGAGAGCUGCGCGCCAGCGGCGCGCGACGGGUCCCUCGCGGGCUUCCCGCGAACGGCCCGCCCGAGCCCCGGCCGGGCCGGAGGAUGUUCAGCGCCUCGGCCUCGCAGGGGGUCCAGGGCGCCGCAAGGGCUGCGCUCGGGGGCUACUCUCAAGCGUACGGUACCGUCUGCCACUCGGCACUGGGCCGCCUGCCGCUGCUCCCGGGUCCCCGCGCCUAAGCCGCCCCACCGGCCUUCAGACCGGCUCUUCCGCUCAGCCCGUGCCCCUUGCCUAGUCCCCUGCCCCUCUCCCAGCCCCAGAUUUACCCCCCGUCCCCCACGCUCUCCAACGCCCUUUUACCGGCUCGCCUUUUUGCCUCGCCACAUUCUCGAGAUCCAGGGGGCUUGUCCAGGCCUCCCGGCGGCGGGGUGGGUGAGGUUCCCACCCAUCGCCAAUCACGCCCUCCAAUAAAUUCG